AUGAUGAGACACCUCGAAAAAGUUCAUCAGGCCUUUAGCCUUCUCGAGAAUGCAAAGGAAACCGACGCCAUAUCAUUGAGUGGCGAUCGAAAGUCGCUGGAACUUGCGCAUCUUGUUGCGGUGGCCAGGUCUUCUGUAACUGUCUCCUUGUCCACGACUAGUGCAAUUGAGAAACGUGUGCAGGAAAGCAUUGACACACUCAAUGCCCAUCUCAACAACGGGGAAGAUAUCUAUGGAGUCAAUACUGGAUGUGGCGGUAAUGCCAACUCGCGAACAGGAAAAGUCGAACUGCUUCAAAAAGGCUUUCUGCAACAUCAUCAGAGUGGUAUCCUACCAGGUCUUCCAAAUGGUUACAACAAAGCCUAUGCUCUGCCGGAGGAUGUGACACGAGGUGCAAUUCUACUGCGCUGUAACUCACUAAUACGGGGACAUUCGGCCGUGGGCAUGGACAAGAUCCAGCUGCUGAUUCAAGCAAUGAACAAGGGAAUUACGCCUAUCAUUCCCUUGAGAGGUAGCAUUUCGGCAUCUGGUGACCUUGGUCCACUUUCAUAUGUUGGUGGCCUACUUGAAGGAAAUCCAGGAAUCUUUGUGCAGGUCAAGCCCAAAAAGAGUGAGAAUCAUGUAACAGUGAUGUCGGCUGCAGACGCAUUGCGCCAGGCGAGCCUUUCACCUGUGACAAUGAGGGCUAAGGAAGCCCUUGGAUUAAUCAAUGGAACUGCCCCGAGCGCCGCUGCCGCCGCACUGGUGCUACAUGACGCCCAUAUCCUUGCUCUUCUCGCGCAGUUGCUGACUGCCAUGACCACGGAGGCCCUCCUCGGGUCAGUGGACAACUACCAUGACUUCAUUUCCCAAUGUCGACCACACCCAGGACAGAUCGAAGUGGCUGAUAAUAUCCGCUCAUUUCUCAUUGGGUCUCACCUCAGCAUCGAAAUGAACAUCAAACAGCAAGGCCUGGUACAAGAUCGGUAUGCAUUGCGUACUGCACCUCAAUGGAUUGGUCCUGUGCUUGAAGAUCUUAUGCUUGCAGACGACCAAGUGACCACUGAGUUGAACUCGUCCACCGACAAUCCUCUCAUUGAUGUAGCAGGAGACCGUUUCCACCAUGGUGGCAACUUUCAGGCUGCAUCUGUCACGACUGCGAUGGAAAAGACCAAGACUGCAAUCGUCAUGCUUGGUCGACUGAUAGCCUCACAAUGUCAAGAGCUCGUGAAUCCAGCCAUCAACAAGGGUUUGCCACCUAAUCUUUGUUUUGAUGAUCCUAGCCUCUCAUUUACAUGCAAGGGGACUGAUGUCAACAUGUCGGCCUAUCUUUCAGAGCUGGCAUACCUUGGAAACUCGGUUGUUAGCCAUGUACAGGUUGCCGAGAUGAACAAUCAGUCUGUUAACUCGCUAGCCCUUGUUACAGCUCGAUAUACAGCCGAAUCAGUUGAUAUUCUCACGAUGAUGUGCGCAGUACAUCUUUAUUCUCUUUGCCAAGCACUUGAUCUACGCGCUUUGGAUGAAGAUUUCUUUGACACAACUAAGUCAAGGUUGGCUGUACUUCACAGAGAGAUCUGGUAUUCUUGCCACGGAGCUAUGGUGUUCACUGAUUUGUGGACGGAGAUCACAGAAGCCUGGCAUACGUACAAUGAAUCCGAAGUCGAGACUCGGUGUAAACAGGUGGCAAGAGAUUCCGCACAUGCAAUUUUCGAUCACUUCACUCGCGGUGAUAUAGACCCAUCUUCCUAUGCAUUGAUUCCGAAAUGGACAACUGCUGUUACAUUGACGCUAAUCGAGGAUCAUCAACGAACACGCAAACAAUUCUUGGCCCAACAAUCUACUCCGAAAUACUUGGCACCUGCAACGAGGGAGAUCUAUCAAUGGAUACGUCAUGUUCUUCAGGUUCCGCUCCAUCGUGGGCUGGUUGACCACCCAGGUUCCUUGGGGGGUAAUCUUGAUGACGAUGGAAGACAGAAGGAGACCAUUGGAACAAACGUCACAAAGAUCUACAUGGCCAUUCGUGACGGUCAGGUCACCACUCCGCUCUUCAAGGUAAUCCAAAAGCUAUACUAG